GAGAUGUUUGACGGUCAGGUGGGCCGCCGUACUCGCGUGAGCAUGGGGGGCAAGAAGCUUCCUGCGAAGGAGCUGUCCAAGCACGACUUUGUCAUAGCCGCAAGGGAAGAGCGCGUCAAGCGGGCGCGAUCCCGCCUUGUCCACGAGACCAGCACCAAGCUGCAAGCUUGGUUCCGCGGUUGUCGCACGCGGGCGAUUACUCGCGCGUCGUUGCAACACGCAGUGGUGGCGAAGUGCAACGACGUCGCUACGUUGCAACGCAUGUACACGUUUGCGAUCCCAGUGCCUGUGCUCACCCGUCUAGUCCAAGAGACCAUCUUCGUCGGGCGGUUGUGGCAACCUCCAGCCACGGCGGACGCUGUCGUCGUGCCAUGCAGCGUGCUGGGCUUGGUGCAGCAAUCGUGGACGGCGCUUCAGAUCGAAUGGGAUCGUUCCCCUUCCAGCAAGCACGAAUGGACCGUCCGCGUCGCGUCGCUCUGCUCGCUCGUGUCGCGGCUGCGCCCGUCCGACCUACAGGGAAUUCUCCCACUUGUGGCCGAAUCCCUUCCCCAUGCGCUCUACCUCUGGGCCAUUCGUCCGUCGUUCGGGUUCUUUGAUGCCGUCGUGGAGGCGUGGACCCGCGACCGCCAUCACCAGUUCCCAGCGUUGGCGCCGUACGUGGAUACAUUGGUGCAGUCAUAUGCUUUGCAUGAAGCGUUUGCUUGUACUUUGAUGUCGCUGCCAUUGAGUGCCCAGCAGCCCGCCUUGAAACCAUGGUUGGACGCGUCGUAUUUGCAUCUUCCUGCCAAUACGUUGUGGAUUACAUCCCCGUGGCAGCAAGCUGUUGUCGUGGGCAACCUCUUGGAUCUAUUGAACUCGUAUAAUCAAGUGGAAACCACCGCAGUGACCCUCCUGGUCCAAUAUACUUGCCAGUCAGUGGUUGAUUUCGCCUUGAACUCAUCUACCAUCCAAACUCAACUCCAACUCAUUGCUUCUCGAUCAAUCGUGUCCAAACUAUGGCUAUCAGCGUUACAGCAGCCAACUCCUCGUCUGGUGUACGGUGUAGCUCAGGUGUAUGCGUGGCUACUUACUGGUCAUCCUUCAUCUUCUCCAUUGGUUUCCACGGUGCUAUUUACCAUCUCCAGCUCUUCCGCCAUCCUCCGCCAUGUAUUUCGCCUGCUCCAGUCGCUUCCAUCUCCGCUUUGGCUGAUCUUUUGCUCCAGUUUUGGGUCUUAUAUCGACACUUCGGAUGCCCACACCCUAUCGAACCACUUUCCCCAAAUCCCAGAACUUGUGACACUGCUCAGCCACACGUUAUAUGGGAUACUGUGGCGCGAGUCGCCCACAGUGUACUCAAUUGAGAGUGAGGCUCAACUGAGUGCGAUGGUCCACCUCUUUAACCAGCUCCACGCCCGAGUUGAGUCGAUUGCAUUGUGGCCAUCGCUGCCGAUUCCGCCAGAUGUGAUGACGUUCGAAGAAGAGAAAAAUGACAAAACCGUUAAGGUCUUUUUUGAAUCCAACACUCGCGCCAAGCUCCAGUACGUGCUCACGACGAUCCCCCAAGUGGUGCCGUUUGAAACGCGCGUGGCGCUGUUCCACUCGUACCUGCACCUGGACAAACAAAAUGUACCUAAUCGACACGUGUUUGCGGCGCUCGUGCCCCUGCGUAUCCAGCGAGAGCACAUUGUCACAGACAGUUUCGAGCAGUUUCAUGCGAUACAGUCACUCAAGGGACGUCUGCAGAUCACAUUUGUGAACGCCCAGGGCCUGGAAGAGGCGGGGGUCGAUGGCGGCGGCGUCUUCAAAGAAUAUAUUGACACGCUCACCAAAACUGCCUUUUCCACAGAGUUUCCGUACUUUUUGGCCACGGACGACCACCAGUUGUAUCCAAACCCCCAAGCCCACUUGUCGUCAGACGACGCCGUCGCCUAUUUUCGGUUUCUUGGGCGGUUGUUAGCCAAAGCCAUGUACGAGGAAAUCCUGAUCGAGCCCCAGUUUGCGCUGUUCUUUCUCAAGAAAUUACUGGGCCAAUUCAACUCGCUCGACGAUUUGCGGUCGUUAGACGCCCAAAUGUACCGCCACGUGCUCGAGCUCAAGACUAUUCCAGACGUCGAGAGCCUCGGGCUCACGUUUACAGCGGCUUCGGGUCCCCAUUCCGUCCACGAGCUCGAAACAAACGGGGGCGAGGUGGCUGUCACUGGUGAAAACGUGAUUCGGUACAUCCAUAAGCUGGCGGAUUUCAAAUUGAACGUGCAAAUCGCCGCCGCCAGCCGCGCCUUCUUGGUCGGGUUUCACGACCUGAUCCCGUCCACGUGGUUGCGUCUGUUCAGCCCGGUCCGAUAGUCGUCUAUGUGUAUCUUCUAUUAUAUGUAUCAAUAUAUAUAUAUAUUAUUUACCCAUGAUGAUUCCUCUAUGACUGUGUUUUUUAUUGUUUUACCUAUGCAAAAUCAUCUAUUUUUGUUUACAAGGAAUGAUAGACCGAGCUCCAGAUGCUGAUUGGCGGAGCCACUUAUGAUGUAAACGUGGCCGACUGGCAGGCGCAUACGACGUACGGCGGCGGGUACCAUCCGUCCCAGCCUAGAAUCCAGUGGUUUUGGGAGAUUCUAACAGAUAUGUCACCUCUCGAACGAGGCGAUUUGCUCCGAUUUAUCACGAGUUGCUCGAGGCAACCGCUACUCGGGUUCAAGCACCUGAAUCCGCUGAUUUGCAUCCAGCAAGUGCGAACGACCGACGACGACCGGUUGCCGUCGAGCGCCACGUGCAUGAACUUACUCAAACUGCCCACGUACUCGACCAAACAAAUCAUGCGGGCCAAGCUGGUUUAUGCCAUCCAAGCCAAAGCUGGCUUUGAAUUGUCAUAGAUUAAUAACUACUAGGACUCUAAUAAUAGUAGUACUACUAUUGCAUCCAUA